AUGAGUUCUUACAGAGGACCUUUUCCAGCUAAAAGAUGUCCACCUUUGAGAAGUGGAGGUCGUUAUCCAAAAAAGUCUGCUCCUUUUACGCUGGCUAGAAGCAAUAGUGGGAUGGAAGGUCAAGAUGAUGGUGAAUACACUCGUGAUCUCAAGAUAAGUUCUUACAGGGGAACUUUUCCAGUUAAAAGAUGUCCACCUUUGAGAAGUGGAGGUCCUUAUACAAAAAAACACUAUGCAUACCGUGAUCAUGCUCGUUCUAGAGAGGAUAAACAUUCCACUAGAGGAUAUAGUGAUCAUGAUGGCUACAGAAGGCAUGGUGGUAGAGAUCAUUCUGAACAUCAUAGUAGAAGGUCUAACAGAGCUUCAUAUCGGACUUAUAGUACCUCUCAUGGUUCAGCACCUGCACAAAGGCCUUGGAAGACUUAUGGUGGAAGCAGUUGCCCUGAUCAUAACAAUACGCGAGAUAGAUAUUGCAGAAGUCGGGAGAGAUACUCAAGGAGCCAUGGUGAUUUCUGUUCCAGUGAUGGUCAGCAUUGUGGCAGAAAAGAACCAAUGUGUCCACCCUCUGUGGAUAGAGUGAACCGUACUUCUCGUGAAGCACAUGGUAGUUCAAGAUACCGGACAUUUACAGGAGAUGAUGGGGGAAGGCGAUGUGAAAAAGGAGACUGAAGGUGAUACUAAAAAUCAUCAUUAUUGCAUACCAGACCUUGCUGUUGAAUGGAAAAUCAGUAUGUGGUUUCUGCAUUAUGACCUGAGUACCACUAUAAGAAAUAGGUUGUUUUUGGUAGGAUAGGGAGAUACUCACUUCCUCCCUGAAUA